UUGAUUAACAUCAUUUUAAUAGAUUUAAUAACUAAAUAAAACUAAAAAGAGUGACAUGGCAGAAGAAAUUGACCUGUUGAUUUUACAGCGAGUGGAUAAAUAUGAAUCGGUUAAUACCUUUGAACUGGCAAGUGAGCAUGACAAAGACCAUCAAAUUUUUGUAGGAGCAGUAAAAAGAUUGCAGUCACUGGGAGAAAUAAUCUGUGCAACGCUACAGCAAUCUGAAAAAUGGAUUCUAACAUCAGAAGGUCUUGACAUGGCCAACAAUGGCAGUUACGAGGCCGUUGUUUUUAAUAACAUUCCUGAGGAUGGUUUACUUCAGGCAGAUUUACAGAAGUUACCACUUGGAAAGAAUGUUAAAAUUGGUUUUAGCAAAGCAAUGUCUGCAGGAUGGUUGUCAAUUGAUAAAACAGCAGAGGGUGGUCCUAGAAUCCAUAAAAAAGUAGAAAAAAUAGAAGACUGUGUACAGACGUCUUUGAAAUCCAUAAAAGAUGGUGAAAGUAUAGAUGAAUCAAACUUAGCAGAUCUGAAGAAAAGAAAACUAAUUGCUAAAGAAAUUUUAAAAAGUUAUCUUGUUACAAAAGGAAAGGAAUUCACAUUAACUAUAGAAAAGCCUGAAACUGAUCUUACAACCGAAAUGCUGAUAAGUGGUUCAUGGAAAACUAAAAAAUUCAAAGAUUAUAACUUCGAUGCACUGGGUAUUCCUCCGGUGUGUGGACAUCUUCAUCCUUUAAUGAAAGUGCGGACGGAAUUUAGACAAAUCUUCUUGGAGAUGGGAUUCACCGAAAUGCCAACUAAUAAUUUCGUAGAAAGUUCAUUCUGGAAUUUUGAUGCUUUGUUUCAGCCGCAACAGCACCCUGCACGAGAUGCUCAUGAUACCUUCUUUUUAUCAGAACCUCAAUUUGCAAAGUUAGACGAGGUACCUAAAGACUACCUUGAAAGAGUUAGAACCACCCACCAAGAGGGAGGAUACGGAUCACAAGGGUACCAGUAUAAAUGGGACAUCAUGGAAAGUAAAAAGAACAUCCUGCGGACACAUACUACUGCUGUGAGCUCAAGAAUGUUGUACAAGUUGGCACAACAGCAACCCUUCAGACCUGCCAAAUACUUUUCGAUUGAUCGUGUAUUUCGAAACGAGUCAUUGGAUGCUACUCACUUAGCAGAAUUCCACCAAAUCGAAGGCUUGGUUGCUGAUAAAGAUUUGAGUUUGGGUCAUCUCAUCGGACUCUUGUAUGAAUUUUUUAAAAAGUUAGGAAUUGAAAAGUUACGAUUUAAGCCGGCAUAUAAUCCAUACACUGAGCCAAGUAUGGAGAUCUUCAGUUACCAUGAAGGUUUAAAGAAAUGGGUUGAAAUUGGAAACUCGGGUGUGUUCCGACCAGAAAUGUUGUUACCCAUGGGUUUACCAAGAAACGUAUCAGUGAUCGCUUGGGGAUUAUCUCUAGAAAGACCCACAAUGAUAAAAUACGGCAUUCAAAAUAUUCGGGAUUUAAUUGGACAUAAAAUCAAUUUGGAGAUGGUUUACAAGAAUCCAAUCUGUCAAUUAGAUAAAGAUUAAAUGUAGGUUAUUUAUAUAGGGAAUACAUUGGUAUUUAGAAUUUAGAA